CUUAGGCACUGAAAUAAAAAAAUAUUUUAGAUUUUAACCUAGGAGGAGGAGACAGUCCUCGAGACCAGGAUUUCGGAACCGAAAAACCCGAAGUCCGACCUAGGAUAUCGACGCCGAGCCACCCCCGAACUCACAGGAAAAUAGCAUUAUGUAAUGCUCGGCCGGAAAGUUUUCGCAAGCGGCACCGCAACGAUGUAAGGAGCGAACAAAAAAUUACAUCACAGCUCUUUUCAUCCGAGGCCAACCCUCCUCCCCCCCCCGGAACGCACGGUUCGUUUUAAACACGCCAAGCCGACAAGGCUACCCAACCUUACCCUGCCGCGCCGUACAACUAAUUCCCUCCAAAGCCUCGUGAUAAUCCCUCCCCUUCCUCUAGCCAAGGAUUCCGACAUCGCCCCAGAGACCUUUGCCUCGGACUUCGCUGGUUAUUAGUAGUCCGAAAGAUAGAAUACCACGUACUGCAAGCUGCGAGCUGCGUGCUGCGUACUUUGCGGCGCGGUAUCUAUCUAUCAAUCCUAUCCUAUCCUAUCCCAUCCCAUACGGGAAGAUUUACGCGAUGCCGAUCUUACCGCGCAGCGCCCCCGGACGCGGCCUAAGCCACUUCCCUCUGCCUUUCGUAUGCCAAUCGUGCCAGGGAUCGCUGCGCCGUUUCUCAGCGACGUCAGGCCGCGCAAGUGCUACUGCUCCUCCAUCACCACCGCCUCCCUCCGGUUAUGCGCUGCUGACCUCCCGGCGCUUGAUCAGCCUUGCCGGUCCGCAUGCGCCCAGGUUCUUGCACGGCCUGAUCACGCAGUCUGUGCUUGAUGAGCCCGGGGGCGGGAGCGCUAGACAUCGGCAUAAUACGCCGGUGUCCUCUCACACUAGUCUCGCUGCCGGGGCGCCGGGUUUCUACAGCGGUUUCUUGAAUGCGACGGGCCGCGUGCUGCAUGACGUGUUUGUCUACCGGGACACGCUAGGCAUUAACGUAGGCGCGGCGGAUGGGGAGGCUUUUGUCAUCGAGGUCGAUGCCAUGCAGGUACAUACGCUGGCGUGGCAUAUCAAGCAUUACAAGCUGCGGAGCAAACUCACGUUCCGGGUCUUGGACGAGGGUGAAGUUGCUGCGUGGCAGGUGUGGGAUGGUUCUUCUCUCUCCUCGCCUGAGCAUUCGCUGUUAUCGCAUCUAAAAGACAGUAUCAUCCUGCCGGAUACUCGUGCCCCUGGGAUGGGAUACCGAGUACUUCGACGCGGGGGAGCGAACGGACUGGACGUGGAUCUAGCGCAAAGUGACGACAAUGCGUAUCGCGUAAGGCGGUAUUUGCUCGGCGUAGCAGAGGGCCAGGCUGAGAUACCGCGCGAGCAAGCACUUCCGCUCGAGGCCAAUAUGGACCUCAUGGGAGGCAUUGACUUCCGAAAGGGGUGUUACGUAGGGCAGGAACUAACGAUUCGCACACGGCACCGCGGCGUCGUGCGUAAGCGUAUACUGCCAUGUCUACUAUACCCUCCUAAUCCUUCUUCCCCUUCUCCGCCAGGAGUCCUCGAGUAUAAGCCCUAUAUUUCCGACGAGGGUACACGUGGGGAAGGGGCCAAGGAGGAAUUAUCAGCAGAGGACAUCCCGUCGAACUUGAGUAUAGGCAGAGACGGCACCAAAGGCCGCAGCGCAGGGACUUGGCUUCGUGGGGUGGGAAACAUCGGCUUGGCGCUGUGCAGAUUGCAGAUCAUGACGGAUAUCGAACUACCAGGGGAGACGGCCGCCGGAGCACCGUUUGACCCGAGCCGUGAUGAGUUUGUUGUUAAGUGGGGGGUGGAUGAGGAGGGUGGUGGAGGACAGUCCGUCAAGAUCAAGGCGUUUGUGCCGGAUUGGAUGCGUGAGAGGUUACAAGAGGGCACGUAGAAGGUUGGCUUUGCUCGUGGUUGUUGAAUGGGUGGGCUGUAUAAAUA